CCGUGGCACGCGGCGUACGUGCGCGCGCGACAGGCCAUGUUCUACCGCUUUUACCAGGGCAACCCCGUACUGCUCGAGCUCCGUCGCAUGUGGCAACAAAAGUAUCAAGACAUGUUCAUCUGCGACAUGAACAAGAUGCAGGAGUCGGUGCAGUUUCCGCACUACCCGGCGGAGUUCUCGGAGCGGCUGGCGCGGCUGUGCGCGGCGGUGCGCGCCGAGCUCGUCGACAACUGGCUCAUCGACGUCGCCGACACCAUGAUCAAGAUGCGCCACCACUGGGCCGUCUACGUCGCCAAGAAGAAAAACGAGUCCACUUUCCAAGUGGAACAAUUUUUUAAAUGCAUCCAUGGUCUGAUGUCCAGACAAAUAAGAGAUUUAGUGGAGAGGAGUGUCAACCACUUUGCAGAGUACUUCUCAUAUUACCAGGCAAGUUAAAUGAGUAGCGAAUA